AUGUCCAAGACACGCGCUUGUUUUGAGCUUGCUCUCCUCAGCAUCCUAGCGUUCUUCCGUUGCGACAGGAACUUUGUGCUCAACAUUGCACUGACCAUCAUCGGGUUAUGGGGUACGGGCCUUGUCCACGCCCUCUUCAUCAUUUUCUACUACUCAGGCAUCGGAUCAGGCCACGUCUUCGAGGGUGUAGGUCAAAGACACGUAAAGGGGAUGCCUAUGACCAAGAGAAUAUCGCGCACCCUCAGGCCGCUGACGGGGAAUUAUGGCCCAGGACUCACACGGCUCAUGAUCAUGGCGAAGUGGAGGAGGGAUAUGGUCGAUGAGCUGGGUUGGACUAGUACGCCGGGCCACUCGAUGGGGCUCAAGGUCUAG